GGGACCAGGCUGUUGGCCGACAUUUCGGAGCCCUGGCCUGUAAAUCAUGCAAACCUUUCUUUCGUAGGAAUGCACUCAAGAAUAAAACACUGAAAUGUAAGACAAAUGGAAAUUGUAUUAUAAAUCGAAAGACAAGAAAAUUGUGCCGAAAGUGUCGACUCGAUAAAUGUCUGGCCGUUGGUAUGAAAAAGAUAAUAAUAGCACAACUAAUGAGAAGUUAAAUAAAGAGAUUAAUGAGAUUAAGUUAUAUUUGGAGAGGACUAGGAGGACAGACAUCUUAAAGUGUUGGCCCAAGAGUUUAAUUGAUUUCACGGUAACCCACAGCCCGUUAUCCAUUCACAAUGUGUUCACACAAAUAGAAAGUAUAAAACUAUUGGAAGUGAUUAGCAGUUGUAAAGUAUACCAAAACUAUAUGUUAACACCGGACAAUAAAUCGCGGGCACAGGUAUGCAAUUACACGAGCAUGUAUGCCAUAAUGGACACGUUUUACAACAGAGAGAUCCAGAAUUUGAUCUCAUUGUCCAAGAAUUUAAACACAUUUCAAGACCUGUGCGAAAACGAUAGGAUAGCCCUGAUUAAGUACGGGUGCACUGACAUCAUAUGCCUCCGAUCUGUUGCUUAUUAUAAUCAACCGAAUGAAUACUGGACUCUAGUUAUGGAUACAAACAACUCGUUUAUAGUAAAAGUGGAUAUUUUGAAACCAAAGGGAGACCUCUAUUAUGGGUUCAAAAAUUAUUUAAAUAAAAUCUAUUUUGAAUGGGAUUCGGAUCCUAUUAUAUUAGAUCUG